AUGGGGCUAAAGCGAUUUUAUUCCGAAACUCGCCCCCUGCGUAAGUUUUUACCAGUCCUCGCUUAGACGUAGUGGGACUUGUAAGAAGUCUGCUGAAAUUCCCAAAAUGAACUAGGUUUCUAGAGUGAUCUCUGGCAAAAGGACUAAGGCGACUUGGAUGGUCAUUUCUAGUUUUCCUGCUGUCAUCAGCUAAUCGUGCCCCAACGUUGGGUCUAGGAGGCCAGAGCCUUGAAAUUGGACUCGCGCAGUUGGGGCGUUUAAUCUAUUGCUCUCCCAGCUGGAUCAUGGUCCCGCGCCUAUCAGGAAUAUUCGAAACCACAUGAACACGCCGUUCGCCUUGAAGUUUGGAUCCUGGUUAGUAAGGUGCCUUCAUCCUGGGAUUUCCCUCUGGAGCCUUUUACAUCAGGGUAUCAAAGUGAGACGGGAUAAUCGAGUUUCCCAUUGUAAGCAGGGCUAUACUACCGAACAUCCCCACGUGAAUUUUGAGUAAAUAUCGUACUGAAAGCAUUUCGAUGAACUUUUUUUCUCUGUCCGACCAGACGCUGUUAAACCAUGCUUUUCGCAUUUCCUCCCUUAAGUUCGUGAACAGACGGGAAACCUCCCAACUCCGUUGCUCUCACUCAACUUUCCGUGUCCAUUUCGGACUUCUUUGCUUGAAGGUACGUUGCUCACAGUGAACCUUAAAAACUCCAGUUCCUCUCUUCGAAAUCGGCUCACCUCCAUCUGGUCAGUACUGUUUAUUGAGCAUUUUUCGGAUGACAGCCGUUCGUCUUAAGCGUCACGAGGUGAAUCAUUCUUCACGUGGCAGAUCAAGUAGCACGCUUCGGCAAGGGGCAACAGGCAGUCACCAGUCACGCAGACCCUCCGUCAAAGGCGUCCAAGAUGUGCUAGAAGUCCUCUUUAUAUUCGUCCAUACCUUCGGCUAGUUACCUCAGCAUCCCCACCACCGUGUGCUAGAAGUGGACGACACAACUUUCUGAAGCUCAUUUCAGGUCGUUGAGGCACGCAACCGUGCCAUUGGAGUUAGCCGCCCCCUCAGGCGAUAUAAGCGUGAUCCAAGGUAUCGGCACCUUUGACAAGACACUUUUAGGUGGCUACUUGCAUACGCAGUAUCUCGUAUUCGUUUAAGAGGAUGCGUUUGAGCGCAGCUCUGUCUUUUACUCUCCAAAAUUGGCUCAUGACGAGCGUCAAUUAGGUCGUACUAGGGCUUCUUGGAACCCUGGUAUGAAUGCGUGUGGCACGCGUUGGAAGGAGGCUCACGCCGCAUAAUCCAGCUUUCCCAACCCCAUCUUCAAUCGGCCGACAGGCUCAGACGGACCACUGUUGCAUGGGAGAGGGAAGGUGCAAUCAGGCCGAUACGGUGGUACUGUGUCACACGGCACUUGGGCGCAUUCCUCGGUGCAUAUAAUCUCACAUGCAACGCACUGCCAGUCGUGGUUUAGGCGAUCGCUGACUGCUGGUCAAGCUACACUGUCUCCUGCCUAAUGUGACCUUAAUGACGCUUGCGUGAUGUCCGAUACCUCCAUCCGUCUUGUAGGGGCUUGCAUAUUGUGAAGUUGAGGCACAAGGUCGUGCCCUGGCAAGUGUGGAUGGACUACUCAGUCUUGUCAGCCACUGUGGGUAUGGCUAGGUCUAGUCGUGCUGACGUUUCUUGCCGGUAGAAUAAUGGUAGAUGGUGGUGGAGGGGAGGUUGAGGUAGAUGUGCGGCACAAGCCUGUUUCACUUUAGUAAAAGUGGCGCGCACGUCACCUUUGUGCUUUCGGGACAGUGAUGGACUUCGUUCUUGGAUGAUGGUCGAACUGUCGCAUGUUUUGAAUCCAUGUACUUGUAAUGCUUAUCUUUACUGAGAACAUACUGGAGAGAGACUGCACGUAAUAGCCCAAAGUUCCCACCCUCCCCCCCUCCGGUUCAGGGGGUAGACUCACUUCUGCGAACUUUUGUGAGUAAAUCAACCCAGGGUUCCACCCCCAACCUAACCUUACAGGACCCCCGUAUUCCAUCGGCGACGACAUCGGACUGGCCGCAGGUGCUUAUGUACGGCCAUGAUUGGCGUACAAGGACCUCCAACCUCUCCUCCCUUCCCCUCCACCAAUCCAUUGUGAUUUAUGAGCUAAGCUACCUAAGCUAAAGGUGCGCGAUAACUCACCAACUUGUUGAUCGCGGUCGUGUGGCGAUGUAUCUAUAACCUUUUUCCUCCUUCGACCCAAGGUAAUGCAGAUGUACUGUUCCGAAGGGAGGUUGUUGGAUAAGACGGCUGCUGGCACGUAAGCGAAUGCCCUAGAGCGGGGAUAAUUCCGCAAAUUUAACCACCAGUCAGAAGCGUCCCAAUUUUUUCAAACGAGUUCAGGUGGCCUAACUUCUGAAUAAUUUUCAUCGUUUGACCUUUGCAAGACUGCAGGUUCAGCUCAAAACUUCCCCUUCCGUCCUCAGCUAUCGUCAUCGCUGGGAGUUGCACAUUCACAUCUUUUCAUAUUUGAAGGGGUGGGGCGGUCAUAACUGAAAUCUGUCGCAAAUUUCGGUGGUUUUUGCUGACAUCUCCGCUUUCGUCUUCUCGCGUUCCUCCAGCCACCAAAAGGAAGUCUCAAUUAGUCCGUUUGGGUGUUUUUUGUCAAAAGAGGUUCCGGCUGAAGUCCUCCAAAUAUCGAAAUCAAUCAUUCUCACAACGUCUCAGAACUGGGCGCUUCUUGGGCGAGACAAAUGCGAGUAGCCUGAGAUUAUGAGUCAACAUUGUUGACGUACUUGCUUCCUAUCAGUAGGCGUGCUUUUAUUAAGUUACAUAUUUCAGGCGUGUCGGCCGCGCGGGGGUGUAAUGUAUUCGACCUCGCUUUGGGAUACCUUGUCUGCUGCUGUGCUGCCAUUGCCAUACCUCCCGCAUAUACUUACAGCUGACAAUUGGACGAAGGAAGGGCGGUUAUGCUGUAAAGUCCUUCAUGUUAUUGCUCACGUUCACAUUUCCGCUCAUCGGCCACUUAGCGCGCUUGCUACAUUACUACGAGUGGGUACUCCAGCUAUGUUUGCUUGAGUUGGCUUAGAGGCUCUGUCAGGAUGACUUUCUUCUUCACUUUAACCGCCCCGAGAACGAGGCGCUGCAAGACUGUCUAUAUGGUCUCAUUGCAUUGCACCCCCCACACGGAAAUCUUUAGUAAAAGGCGAAAGAUCUAUCCUUUGCGGACUGCGAUUCAACACGCUUCCCAUUAUGCUUCUAAUUGCAUGCGCGCACAGUAUUACGUGCAUCAUAUUAAUUGCGUAAGUACUAUCCUAGGCGGAUUGGCGCGGGUCUCCAUUUCCUCGGUUUUCCUGCAUCCACGGGUCUUUUUACUCCAGACCUCCUGCAGUUUCCGGUGCGAUCGUGUACGAAAGGACAACUGCCGCUCCGUUAGGGUGUCCACCGAUACUCCAUCCACUGCAUCAGUCGUGUUAACAGACUACUACCCCCAAUCCCCCCGCCUUUACGAAACAGGCCGGUAGUAUUUGAUCGCAGGGGGGCCUCCCAUAUCGCGUUCCAUGCGGCUACCGCGUGAGUUGGCUAGGCGCGUAGGCGUUGGGUGCACUUAAUCGGUGUAGGUCUGCCCCGUCAGUGCACCUUUCUACGUACUUCACGGGCUGCACUAGCCAUUCGUGGCUUACCCGUAUAGACAUUAAACCCAGUCGCUGACCUACUGUGUGGUCAUCUAAGGCCGCUUGCCGUUUGCUUUCUUUGCCCACCGUACGGCUCAUUUCCCCACCUUACACCCCACCACAGCUGGCUUGGGACGGCUACCCAACAAUAGGGGUUUGGCCUUGCCUUGCACUUUCACGGGCUUAGGUAUCAACCCGGGCCUCGGGAUUUCUGUGCGGUUACCUUCGUUUUCUCCUUGCGCGUCGGCCGACUUCGUACGCCCGUGUGGUUGGGCGGUUUGGCUUUCCCGUUUUACGUUCAUCAUUCAUCGGUUUGACGGUCAGCGUACUUACGGAGUAGACUUCGGAUUGGUCACAACCGGCAGUUAGGAUGUACAUCGGUUUCUCAUCUAUCCCUUCAAAUAUUACGAAUUCAAUCCCGCUUGGCGCAUUUUUGGCUGGGGUUAUGGGAUUAAACGGGAACAAAAAUUCAGAGGCAUAGUGAGGAAUUCACUAUUUCUGUGCGGAGUAUAAAAGAAUUACAAACUUUUUCUGCUGCACCAGUUUUCAAUUCCAAAAUGUCCUUUGCUUUGCCGUUCGAUUGUUCUGCCUGCCUGUAAUUCCGCUGGCUGCUAAUACUGAACUACGUGUACAACAUCAUUACCAUCUGACUGCUUACCUUUCUGGUCAUCUGCAAAUUAUUUCGGUUUCCGAGUGUGCUUCUGAGACUGGAUAUGCCUGAGCCACAUGGGACAGGAAUCUUUCCAAUGACUCUGCCAAAUUACUUGCUUUGAGUCCGAACCAAAGUCGGUACUGUGCUUCAUCGUGGUAGGCCUGCGUGCUUUUGUCGGUCUCUCAGAGUAGACUAGAAAACUAUGCUGACCUUCGCCAUUAACCACAAUUCGACCAUCCUACGACCUAAGUUCGUCCCAUUGUCGAAAACUCCCACAGUAAAGAUUAAUCACGCGAUUUCGAUUACAUAUCUGCACUGCACAAACUGGCGUGGAACCAGAACUGACUAGAAACGACAGACCUUGUGGAGGAGACUGUGAUCACUUUAUAUCUCACUGAACGUAUAAAGGAAUCCUCGCUGCACUAGGCAUCGUGCUCCACGUGGAGAAAGUCGAUGCCGAUACCGAUGAUGUUAAUAUUUGUAUUUAAUGAUGCGGAAGUGUGGCCGUCAUGUAAAUAAAUGAUCUAGCUAGCCUCAGUGAACAUCCUUUGUCUUAUUACAUUGGAGGUAGAUGAAUCGGUGAAACAUAUCGUGCGGAAACCGUCUGUCUUGACCAUACACGCUUUGUACAACCAUAUACAGCGUUGGUUGAGUCGUCGCGUCAGAGCAAGAUCUCCGGUCCUGGCAGUUGGUUGGAUGGUGGUAUCAACUCUGCCUCUGCAGAUUUGCUAAAUUGAGAAGGGACUGUUGCCAGUUUUCGCUGUGCCGGCCACCUGCACCCUCUCCCGCCACUUGACUCGGUCAUGAUGCCUGACCCAAUGGGAGGGGGGGGGAGGAGAGAGUACCGUAAAUGCUGCGCAAGUCGCCGUCCCUGCCCUCACCCUGCUGUAGAGCACACGGCGGACAUCGUCGAUGUCGACGGUCGAACUGUCGUCGUCGGUCCGAGUGAUUAAGCACAAAAUCAAACUUCUUUUGCAUUGAAAGGUUCUUUAUGGUGCUAUUUCUUUGGAAAGUGCGGAAGUAUUCUCGUAGAGAUUUAGGUCGGUUGAUGGCGGUACUGAAAAUUGGCCGAGUGCCACGGGCGAAGGGACUGACUGCCAGUAGAAUGAUACCUCUCUUGAGCGACUAAUGGGAGCGUUGUUCCGCGCGAUUAUGGCGUCCCUUUAAAGUCGGUGAACGCUGCUGUAGCUGAAGUCAUCAUCAACGAUGUUAGAAACACCCAUCUGUUGAUGAUGUCCGUUAGAAGUCCAGAUUAGUUUUCUGCCGAAUUUUAGCACUCCCCGAACCACCAGCCGUGGAUAGCUCUUGAAGGUUGUAGUUGGUACAGUGUGUUCUCGUGAAAAGUCCCUCAUACAAAGGACCACCUCGCUUUCUUUGUGGGCUUGCAUGAGACAGUACAUCAUCAAAAAUGCAAAUGCUCUUCCAGAACGUGGGUCGACGGCCAGUAUACUCCCCACUACAUAAAGAAAUAUCUCUAAAAGUGGGAUUGUCAUGGCCUUUUUGUAGAUGAAGGCAAACUCCCUUAGUACUUUUACUGGUAAUAAUUAGAGGGAGCAUUGGCAAAUGCCCUCUUAAUGACGUUUUGGGCCCGACGAAAGAAUUCGUUGUUGUUCAUCUUACGUUUUCCCAGGCAUGGUUCUGUCACCGAUAAUCCACGCUAUAGGGAACAGUUUAUUAAUGUUGUUAUGUUACUUUCUGUAUUUCAGUAACGUUUGUUUUUUAAUAUUGUCCCGUGUCUGUUGAAUGUGUGUUGGCAUUCAAUUCGUCUCCCUCCGAAACUGAGAUAGCACCAACUAUCCCUAGACAGACUACUGUACAGCACAUUUAGUAACGUUAAUGUUUUUAACUCUUGGAACAAUUCGUUUAUCUGUCUGGCAUACAAAACGUUGCCAAUCUGGAGAAACUGUAGCCGUUUGAUGUUUCCAUUUUCAAAUUUUUUUUAUUGUUCGCCUCCUUGUAACAAAUAGGGAGUUCAAAGGUUUAACACCUAUAUUUCCCUCAAAUAAACUGAACUGAAUACUUGCAACAACUCAGGCAACAGUGCCUCGGCUGCCACUUUGCGUAUUCGUCCAAAGCCAGAAACUGUCCCGACAUUUUCAUCACACACACACACACACCACGAUAGAGGGAAGUGGUAGAAUGUUGCGAGUGUUUCCUGCGUAUUCGUUUACGCCUCGUAAUUCUCGGUAUUUCAAAGCAGACUGCUCUAAUUUCGAAGGCAUUGGUAACUUUACCCCCUUUUGUCCUAUUUUAAGCACCUGAAUUGGACUGCUCAUUUUUGACUUCGGCCAAAUCAAACUUAGAUGCUUACGAAGUCCAUGUUGGGCCGAUCGACGGUGGGGGGGGGGGGGGGGGCUUAGUGACCAGAUGUAGACAGCGCAAGUCAGCCAUGCACUUACUAGGCCAGAUCACGUGAUGGUGACAACCCCACUCGGAACGAUCAGGAGACUAGCUAAGGUAAUUCGAUAAAGGACGAAAAUGAGUAGGCGUAAAGACUUGAGGAGUAGAGCGAUGGACCUGUAGACCCAACACUCUUUUGAAUUACCAUCGGAGUUGUCCCAUUGGCCAGCGACGAUACCUACGUGAUCUGGUUUUCGGAUGCUAUAUUUAGUAGAUUGGGUGAUCGGUUUAGCAACCAGUCAGUUACUUCGUUAUAGAUUAGAACUGAUACAACGUCUGGAAUUUUACCGGUGGUUGUUCUGUGCGCGACGCUGCCUAUUAUGGUAGGUGCUAUUCUUCAGAUCUGGCUUGGAAAUUUACCCAGGAUGGUCGGAAGUCUACCCUUAUUACGGGGGGUUUCUAACUCCCAUGUCCCACCUAUUGCAUUCGGCGACGUUGGCUUCCUUGUCCCUAAACUUGCUGUGUGACUUGAAUGGUUGGUAAAGAUAGGGUUUAGGACCUACAAGUGGACGGCGGCUUCAAAAAUAUAAACUAAAAUUUGGUGUGACUGUAAACGCCACUUAUUAUUCACCGUUCCUAUUAUUUGAAAUUUCCUUCCCUUCCCGACCAAAUGUCAACUUACCAGCGGUACGUUAUUCGAAAGGCAAUUUGGCGAGUGUACGUCUGCUUUAGAUAAAUCCUCCUUAGGUCUGUACAUUUAUAUGGCUAUUUAAGUAAUGAAUUAAAAGAUACGGGCAAGUAGAUAAGUAAGCUGUAGCUCGGGUUUGGAGAGGGGAGGGGAGGGGGAGAGUGAAACACUACAAUUCCAGUCAGCGCCAGGGAGAAGGUUGGCCCCGGCGAAGGUAAUUACAUGCGGGUGGCUCUCUUGGCGGCUUUGAACCAUGGCAACUGUAGGACCUGUAUGAAGUUAUCCUGUGCGCGUUGGACCGGUCCGUGUAGCCUGAUUGCAGCCGCCUCUGCCGUAACCAACAGGCGCUGCCCAAUUCCUAUGCGCACAGAAGAACUUCAUACAGGUCCCACGGUUGCCAUGGCUCAAAGCCACCAAGCCAGCCACCCGCAGGUAAUUACCUUCGCCGGGGCCCACCUUCUCCUUGGCGCUGACUGGAAUUGUAGUGUUUCACUCUCCCCCUCCCCUCCCCUCUCCAAACCCGAGCUACAGCUUACUUAUCUACUUGCCCGUAUCUUUUAAUUCAUUACUUCAAUAGCCAUAUAAAUGUACAGGCCUGAAGAGAAUUUAUCGGUGGCAAACGUAUGCUCGCCAAAUUGCCUUUUGAAUUUUACAGUGGGAAUUCUCGCAACUUUAUUCAAAGUCCGUUAUUUUUCGAAAAUUGCUUUUUGUUUAUUUUUCACUUAGCGCGCUCACUUUCUUUACCAGAUAACAGCGUACGAUAAGAUCAUGGCAGAAAUGUAUCUAUUUUCUGCGUCACCUUGCUUUCCGUCCUGUGUGUUGCCCCACCCAUAAAGCCUCCUCUACCACCAUUCAACUCUAGACACGGUUCACAGGCUGGCUGUAGUUAAUUGUGGGUGGCAAACCCUCUCGUUGCCGGAUACUUGGUGGAGGAAGAAAGUAGUCAAGGUCGAGUAGACGUGAGGGGUAGGAAGAUCUGACAAGUCGACGAUGGGUGUGUAAAUCCGGUACCCCCUUACACACUCAACUUCAAAACACAAAAUAACCUUGUCCAUCAGAGUCGUCCUGUUGGCCUCUUUGAUCUGGCCUUCACGAGUUAUUUGAAUAUGUUCACGUCUGCCCUCAAGGGAAUAAUUGUUUUACGACAUUAUUAUUUAUAAACAUUGUGCGUAUACGUCGGCUUUUUACACUGCUUUCGGGGGAGCUCUUUUAGUAGAAAAGGGUGGCUAUUACAUGGGAGCCUCGUUCGCGAAUAUAUUUUGAUUGCAGCACAGAAUACGGGUGUUACAUGUAGCUUUGGAGGCCAGGCCUACGCGGCCACGAUUCAUAGAAAACACGAUGAGGCUUUUACAGUCUUCCUGACAAAUUCGUGAUUUGUCUAUAGUCCCCACCACGCGGCUCUUUCAGCCCAUGCAGCGUUCUGCGUUGGGUAGAAAUAACCACAAGAUUUGGAGCAGGUAGAAUGCUCGAAUCUCUAAAAACAGAUCUCUCCUUGGUUGUUUAUCUGGCCAACAAUAGAUGGGAUCUGUUCCAAAUGUUAUCAUGUAUUUUCAAUGAUCCUAUGUACGUAAUCAUCUAUCUAAGCUACGAUCACUAGCAGACGUUUUUCGACGCAACGAGGAAACGAUACGUAAUCUUUGCCGUAAAAGCGUAUUCGCGAGAGACGUGUUGACACACGGGAAUCUAUCUUGACUUCAGACCGCUCUUUCAAAGUAUUGGAGCUUAAUUCUCCAGAAUAGUGCUGCUGUCCUUUGGAUCUCCAAUUUCUCGGAGCAAAUAGUCCCCUUCCUCAAACAACCUUUCUUGCAACCCCCUGAAACCGUACGUCGACCGUCAUAUUGUGUGUCGUUGCCGAUCGCACUUGUUUGGGCAUGAUCUUGAUACNCAGUUAGAGACCUUCAUUCGCCCAGUUCAUUUAAUCGCUGCCGUUAUAACCAUCUACCUGGAAACCAACCCCUCUUACCGCGCAACUGAGCCCUUCUAUAUAUAUUCGCAUAUUUUUAUAUUUGAAUUUUCGUAUCGCCUUUUGUUCGCACGCCGACUGCAUUUAUUGCUAAUAAUAAACAGAUUAUUUUACUAGCAAGAUUCGCGCUGCUCACCACUGUUGGCUUUCAAUCUUUGUCAUUUGUGGACGAGGGACGAAGCCUGCACUAAUAUGUGGUUUUAGAAAGAAUUCAGAGCUACUAUGAUGAAGAUAAGGCAGUCUGGACGUGACCCUGCCUGCGAGGGUUCUAGUAUGAGCCCCAAGGCACAACGGAACGAGCACGUUCCGUAACCCGAUCAGUGAACGCCCACUGUCAUAAGUGACCCUGUCUGUUUGAAGGCCUGCCUCUCAUUGCCUCUUUGUUGAAGCAUCUGCGUAAUAGGUGCGGUGAGACGUGGUCCACGUGGCAUGUCAUCAAAGAGACGCAGUUAAAGUUUUCUGGGCGAGUGAACUGCGAUAGCCGAUGGUUUCCUCCUAUCAACAGUCAUCUAUCACCGAAAAAACCUGAUCGGGGCCGAUCGUUUGAAGUAACUUUUAGCUAAAUUUUGAUAAAUCAGAAAACCGGUCGAUCUGUUUUCGUAUAUGUUAUCUGCUUGUUUAGGUGGGACUCGGAAACGCUCUCCUGCUUGGUCAACAAAUCACAACUUUCAUGUCCUUAUUGAUUUCGACAGGUGGUCAGCAUUUGUCUCUUUCGUACUAUUAUUGAUUUCAGCAGGGGUGGUACUUUUCGCGGGCACCUUCAGUUUGAGGUGCCUACCGGGCUGCUGCGAUUAUAAUUCACAACUACGUCGGGGUUCGGGUUUUACGGUUAUGAUUUAAGGUUUAGGGUUUGGGAUUGGGGUUAGGGUUUUCGGUUAAGGCUUAGGUUCGGUGUUUGGGAUUUAAUGUUAGUGUGUUUGACUCGAAAGGCAUUCGGCGCACACUUCCUACAACGUCUUCUACAGUUUGCUUUUGUUUGGCCACAUCCUUGGGCGGUUCCGUUUCAAUUACCUUGACAGGCCAAUCACCCUCAUUCGCGGGUUUGGUUUUACAGGUUACCUGCAGUGAGUUUUUGUAUUACGCGGUGCCUGCGUUGAGAUUUAUUGCCCACUGAAACAAACUAACAUACUUACCUAUGAUACCCGUGUUUUCUUAGUUUUCGCGCAUUCUUCGCUACUUUCCCACAGUCCCACCCGUAAAACCUGCCACGUCUCCCAUAUUGGACGCUCCUGGACUGUCCCAUUUCCCAGCGGGACUGCUUUUCCGACCCUUACGCCUGUUUGCUCCUCAAUCAGGUUUCGAACUUUUCAUUGGUGCUCCUCCUGAGUUAGUGUGGGGCGGCCCGUCGUGUGCGUAUCAACCCACUUAGAACAGCAUUAUAUUAUGACCAGUUUUUUUUUCAAAUUAUUUCGACGAGAGUGAUUUUUAGGACUGCGCAAUGGAGUCGGCCUUGAUUUUAUUUCGCAAGAACCCUGCUUACUUCCUAGUCUGGUAGUUCAGGAUAGAUCUCCAAAAGUUUGGUAUCUCAACCUACUUCAAAAGUGGCACGGCAGCUUCCCUAUUUGGUGAACUCGUAGUGACACCGAUUCGUAUUACUGCUAGGCAACGAAGGCCCCUCUUAAGACGCGAAUUGGACUUGGGGCUAUCACCUUUUUCCUGUCUGUUCCAGUGGGUAUGUUCUGUCACUCGCGAACAGGUGGGCGGUAACGCAUUAAGUGCGUAAUUCUCAUGCCGAAACUGAUGCGAAUGAAAGUUGCCAUCCGCGGAUCAGCAGAACGUGUUUGUGGUUAUUUGACAACGAGCCUGUGCUAGUGAUCUAACAGUAAACUGUCAUACUUUUAAUGAGAAAUCUGUGGCAAGCAGAGCCUUAUUACGCGCCGCUAUGUGGCUGCUGGUUCGGCUCGAAAGAGAGCCCCAAGACAAAACGGGACGAUCUAUUGGCUUCGUGAAGCAAACAAGCUCCGUUUGGGUGGCGAAGUUGAUAAAGCGCUUAUGACCCAUCUGGUAUAUCCUAUCGGUGGACCAGCUGCGCCAGUGUCGGCUGCAGCUCCUGGCGACCGCUCUACCGAAGUCAGUUCUAGUCGGUGGUCUUACAGAAACGCUCCUUGGCAUGAUGUCAGACCUCAAACAGUUGUGUAGAAAAGCCAAUUGUUCAUAUGUAGAUUCCUGUCCACAGGAAAAUAUUUCCCAGCGCCGUGCUCAGCGACGCGUUUCGCGCCAGGACUUAUGAUGGAUGUAGGUGAAAAUGCUGAUUCCAGGUGUUGAGAUGGAAGAAGAAGGUAAAGAGAUCUCUGGCUUCAUAGGUUGUCGGUCGAUUCUGGGCGAGAUUCUCCUAGGUCGCCAGAUUGACUUGUAAGUACUUUAGAAAGUUCGUCAGGAUGCCCUUGCAGUGGCGUGUUGACAUUUUCAGCGAGCACCCGUAGCGGCACCUCCGUAGAAGAGUUAUUUUCGUUGUAACUCACUGUCCAUUCUCACGAAGUGACUACUUCAUCGCAGCUCAGGAUCCCGACCCUUCCCGAGAUUUCCAUAUUGGGAAUUCUGUCCCGUCAGAUCGUCAUUAAAGUUUCUCGGAGACAGCUGAACUGAAAGUUAUUGAGUCCCUGUCUUGGCGGUUCCACAUAGAUGCCUGCAGCCGACCACUGACCCAAUGGCUUUGGAGAUCCGGCGGGUCACUUCGUCAAGGGUUUUGAUGCUGCGUGAGAGUGCUGCUUAAAUAGGCAAUAUUGUUCACAGUCUUGAGUUUGCUGCCGUUUACAGUAAUGAGAGGGACGAGGGGUCCAUCACCCUCGCAGAGAACAUGAGGAUGAAGAGGGUGGAGACGAGUACCCAGCCCUUUCUCACUCCGUUGGUUAACGCAAAUGUUUCUAAUACUAUUCCAUUGUCUGUGAAACUUGCCAUCAUCCUGNUUAGAGACCGUGUGAGGAUGUCACUCAAAAAUGUCCUUUUUGACCUACCAUGGUGCACAAAUGUCUUUUGGUGAAGAUCCACAUUUAGCCCACCACGCGCUGCAAUUCUCUUGACUUGACUGGCAUUAUGUUAUGAAUAUGUGAAUUUCUUUCAGAGACGCUGCAACCGCGAUGGCUUUUAAAUUAAGUAUUUAGGAUAUUAUUUAAAGGUAUUAAUUUAUUAGACAUCUCAUCCUCUAUCUUGAUAUUUCUGCUGUUAAAAUUUCAGUCACAUUCAUUUUGUAAUUUUCUUUCUCCCUAGUGUUUUCUAUACACUUACUACUAUCUCAUGUUUUUCACUAUUUGAUAUUUGGGAGGACUGUAUUGAUAAAUGUUCACAGUACAUGAGCAUGGCUUGAACAAGAGUCUGCUGCUCAACAGACCACAUUCUCAACAUUGCGUUGCAGUCUAACGUCAUGUCUUCCGAAAUGUGAAAUUUUAAAACUUAAAUUGUAUUAUUUGUACAAGUAUCGACAGGUGUUCGGUGGUUAACCUCAACUUCACUUACGGGUCUUAUGUGUCGUCUGAUCCGAAGUUUGUGAACAAUCCAUUUUUUGUCUUACAGUUUGUGAAAUAAAUAUACCUGGAGAGUCGGUGGGUGUUAAUUUACCUCCCGAUCAGUUACAGACUGAUCUGUGUAGUUUCGUUAUGAGGAAGCCAGAUAUUCUGUUUGGGCCAUGACGUUGCAUUUGCUCUUUAAUUAAUUGGAACAGUUCAGCAAGAGCCUCGAAAUAUUAUGAAGUCUGAAUUCGGAAUUUUGAAUCGCGCUGCUUUCUUGAAUCCUGUUUACGCCCUUCACAUAUUUAAUGUUUCGUUAGUUUUUUCUCAUAUGACUAUUGCUCAUGUGUAUAGUGGUUCAUCUAUAUCACCUUUCUCAUGGUGUUUCGAUUAAAUGAAUAAGUUUAUUGAUGCUUCUUGCACGCUAAAUGGACGAAGUUAUGGUUCCUCUUUUUGCCACACAGACAGACGCACAUACGUUCAUAGAGACUAUUUUAGCAAGUGGAUAAAUAUUAUUUUCGUGAAUUUCUGCCUAUCCUUUCUGUUCUUUGUAAUUUCGUAGUUUGCCUAUCGUGAGUACUCACGCAACAGAAGCCUAAAUGUUCCUCUAUCUGAUGAGUCAUCAUCUGAUGUCAUUCACAGUUUGCUUGGCACUUAGACUCGUUUGGCGGAAUUUUCUUUACUUUGGUUAUGUCGGAAUGAUCUGCUUAUACAAUGAUAUGCCAUGCUCAUUCGGAAUGACUGGCAAACGUGUUCAUAUUUCGAUAAAUAUGUCAGUAGCUGACAACAUGAAUGCAUGCAGUCACUACCCGAACAGUAUUUAGUCAUGUGUGUUGGACACCUGUGCUUAACGUGCAAAUAUAUUUAUUGACCGUCAUCUAAACAUAGGCAGGUUUCAUAGGGAUCCGCGUGGCCUAACAAGCAAAUUCAUGGCUUUGGCUGAAUAAGCAUAGUUAAUACAAAUUAUUUCAGCAAUCUAAGUAAUCGCUGUUUAUCAAUUGCUUAAGUGUUUAAUGAGUUUGGAGGAAUUGUUCCUUCGACAUAAAUGCUGAAACAUUUACAAUCAAAACCGUUAGUUGCGUACUCGCAUUCAGGCGUUCAUUAAUUAAUAAACAAACAGUUUCUAUAUACCAAAGUCUUUUAACCGGUUUGUCAUUUUGUAGCAAUUGAGUCAUGAGAAUACUCGAAGUGUAUAUGUAAGUGGUCCAUUCCCUCACGUUCAAAGUGCAUUGGGCUCUAGUAUUAAUUCGUAAUGCGUGAGACGGCAUUACAGCGGAUGUUGGUCGGAAAUUAUUGAUUCUCAGUUUAACAGGAAUUUAAAUAAGUUUAUGAGCAUGGUAUGUCAUUUAAGUGUAAAGUUGGACAUGUAUGGCUCUUAAUUAUGCCGACGACCUGGUUUUUGUUGAAACCGAUGCAGGGCUUAGCAUAAAAUUUUUGGGGCUCCACCGUUACUACCGAUGACUAUUUUACAUCCUUGAGUUUAAAUUAACUUGGCGUCUUCGAUGGUAAGGAAUGAAAGUAAUGGUCGAUGGACCGGACACUGUGCAACACUUGGGUCAGAUGUUCUCAACCACUUUCGAGGAUCUAGCUGAACGUUGGCAAAAACCUAACAGUUUCCUCUUUUAUAAACUAAAUGGAUAGGGCGAAAAAUGACGCUGAAUUUGAGAGCCUUAGUAUGGUAUAAAAACUGGCAAGUCAUGCCUGUAAACACAGGAAAUGCAAUCAAUAUUUCUAAUGAAUUUUAGUUGCAUACAGAUGCCAUACAAGAACUUAUAAGACAUCGACGCAGUACUUUUAAUUCAUGUUACAGUAAAACGACAAAACACCUGCAUAUUUUUUGAAUACUAAAGCAGCGUACUGCAGUGCCGUGAGGGAUAGCGUCCAAUGCAUAAUAUCCGGCCGUAUGUUUACAGAGCCCGUCACUCAGGAUCGAUGAUCUUUUCCCAUAUAACAUUCUUAAUAUGAAUCUAAUUAAAAGAAGGAGGAUUUCGUUUGAUUUUGCUUAAGCGACUUACGGACAGAAGCCUCAGCAUGUUCAAAUGUUGACAGGAAGUUGAGAGAACACCAAAUUGGAGUAGACAUGUCAACUUCGAUCGUAAGUGCAUCACGUUUCAUAAAUUAAGAUGAGAGUUAUCCGGCCAAAUUUAUUCGCAGUUUUUUCAAUUGGUAAAGUAAAUUGACUUUUAGAUCGUCGUUGGGAUAGUAGUGAACACUUCGCGAUCUUCAGUGUACUCAGUCGACUACCUAUAAAGGCAUGUUAUGUACUAUCUAUUUGGCAAAAUCUUUAUAAAAACUUUUGGAGAGCAGUCCCUGAAAUUGCGAGUGUUUAUGCGAUCUUUUUUAUGGCUAUGGCCUAUUGGUUCACGUUUAAAUGCUCAUUAGAACACAAAACAUAACUUUCAAAAGAUGAAUAUUUACUAAAAAACUGAGGACGCCUCUAAGGUCUCUCCCCGAUUGUUUUUUUUUUCAAAGCGAAUUUCUUAUCGGUUUUGCUAAUUACUGAUAUUUGCGACUACACCCCAUUACGAUAUUAUUGUAUUGGCUUUAUGAUAAUUCAUGGAAUGCAAACCAAUGCCGGUGCGCAGUACACAUCCCUCACUUUUGAGAAGUCCCUAAGGGCGUUUUUUCUCAUUAGACUAAAAGUGACACUCAACCGUCUACCCAGUGGUCAGAUACCGUCUUGUGUCGUCUGCCUGAGAUUUUUACCAAAACAGAAGCCCUCAAAUCGGUCAUUCUGAGUAUAAUAUGUCCGUUACAGCAGUAUUAUGUUAGGCACAGAAUGCCAAUUCAUGAACAAUCUGCAAUUAAUGAAUUGGUCAAACUCUUAUCAAGUUUUCUUUUUAAAAGCGGACAAUUGCGCAUUAUGAAAUCUAUUUACUAAUAGAGGAAUGUACUAUCACACAUGCCCAGGUUGCCAAAUGUAAUACGUAAAACGCAAAACGUUACUUAAAAGACAACAACCUUCCCGUUAUAUUAGAAAAUAAUAAGAUUAAUUGUGAAUCUCCCAGGCAUAGUUGAGAACUGCCGUCAUGAUUGCUCAGAAAAGUGACUUCCUUAAUUCGCAUGUUAAGUCAUCCAUUUUAUCGAAAGACACGCGCGUGAGAUUCACGCUCCCGUGUAUCGUCCAUCUUGCCCACAGAGUAAGGGAUAAAUAUUCACUUGUUAAGAUGCUUUUCAAAAUCAUUUUAUCUAGAUUUGGAAGGUUCAGUUGUGUAAUCUGAAUGUUUGCUUUGCCUUGAGGCGUGGAUUUUAAAGCAACUAAUGCAUCCGCGUGGACGUCAGAAAUGUCGAACUUGUAUUCAUUUUGUCGAUGCAGAACACUGGGAUUCGUAUGAACAUCUAAGUCCUAAAAACACAGCGAUCUUAUAUUAAAUGACGGAUUUUGCAUAAACUCAGUAUAACAAGGAAGGUACUUAUCUUUGUGGAGAACAUAACAGAUAUCGAUGGAAAUGAACAAGAACAGUCAAACACAGCGAAUUUUAUUUCUGCGAAUGCAUUCAAGACUGAACAACCCUGAACAAUUGCUGGAUCAUGGAACUGGAAAGUGGAGAUCGUAAGGAGUGUCCUCUUAAAGGGCGUUUUAUGCCUCAGUAAACGCAGGGAUUUCAAGAGAUGUUCAACCAUUUGAUUAAGGCCUCCAUCAGCAUCGGAAUAACAUUAUUGUAUGUUGUCUAUAUAGUUAACGAAUUUUCUUUACCAAAUGUAGUAUUUAUGCUCAAGUUUGAAUAUGACAUAAAAUGGCAUGUAAACGUAUUUAUGCCAAAGGGUUUCGUUCAAAAAUAAAAAAAUAACAGAUAAACUCCGUUAAAUACCAGUCAAAGUGUGACGUCUUCUUAAGCAGCAAAGUUUAGUUACCAGUUAUGUUUGCAUGAAGCGUAUUGCAUGCUUUUCCCUUGAUACCAAAGCAUACCACAGCCAAUUGAAUGAACAUCAGAAUUUGAUUUCUCCUACAUCCACGGUAUUGUGACAUUCCUGCAUGCAUCAUUGAUCAAAAGCGGACGUUAUGCUCAGUGAAGAAAUUCGUCUUUAGCGAUCGUGGAUUUAAGUUGACAACGUGUAUAAAUAGUUCAUACGUCAGCAAAAAUUAUUUGCUCUUCAUAGGUUUAUGUAGUUAUAUCAUUUGCACUACACACGACCUGUUGUGCGCAGGGGUUGAUAGCUUUUCCGACCUGCCUGGUGAGGAUAGAGUUCAUGCAACUUUGAUUGGCAGCGGUUUACCCAGUCAGUCAGACCAGUUAAUGGGUUUUCGCAAAAACAAAUCAUAAGCGAUAUCAGUAUUUAGUCGCACUAGUCGAGACACUACAUUAAGACAAAGAAUAUGUGGCAAUGCACGCAGUAUCAGCAAGGAUGCAAAAAUGGGCAGAAAGAUCUCGGCGUAUUCACUAAAGGCGAUCUGAGGGCCACAACACAAUGUUCUAAAGUCGCAGCAGUCAUGAGCAGGAUACGUAGAACGUUUAUAAACUUGUACGCAGAUGCCUUUGGCAGGUACCUUGGAUGUGCGGUACAGACUUGACGUCCGUGGUUUCGGAAGGAUAUAUAUAUAUUGUUGAACAUGUCCUUCGACGUGCUAAAAGCUGUUCAUGAGCUCAAAAAUAGAGUUCUAGCAGCGACUGACCUCCUUGAAUAUCUAUUUCCUCCACUACCGACAGACAUAGGAAACCUCACAACAACGUAUCACUUGUUAAGCGAACAUGGUCUUGAUGUGGACUGAUAAACGCUUUUUUAAAUGACACCAAAUACCCAUCUCAGAAUACACGAUUACCAGCUUAAAAAGGAACUGUGCCACACAAAUCAACGUCCAUCCUUUUUCUCGCAAAGGGUCAUUUGUAAUGGAAGUUAUUGUCCAAAUAUGUUGUUAAGUCUUCUACUAUGAGUAUGUUCAGGAGACAUCUGGAUAACCGUCUGUUAAAAAGCAACCCGAAUUCCCAUGCACGAUCUCACGGAUUAAUACAAUGACUAGAAACAUACUACGAACAUGAAUUCAGCACCACCUUUUUGUGCAUUAACCUUGUCCGAUAUGAAGAUAUUCGCAGUGCGAAUACAAGGAACGAUUAUUUUGCAUUUUAUCCUAAAUGUCAUAUCUUUGUCACAGUUUUAUUUUUCUCUCAGAACUAAUCGUUUCGUAUAAGAAAACGGUAUGCAAUAAUUUUGAAAUUUAACAAUUUACAUUAGAACCUGUACUGUUUAAAUGGAGUUUUCGAGUCUUCUGUUAUUUGCUAUAACAAUACUGACUCAUACUGACUGACAAAUGGCGCAUGUGAUUGUCUAGACAGCCAGUAAUUUAAAACAAUACUUAUUGCACACAAACAAGUUAUUCCGACUAAGUAAACUUAACACAGGAACACGAAAGUAGACUGAAGAUACUCAGACAAAGCAUGCGGUUGAUGAUGGCAUAUACGAACACUCAGACGAACGUAAGGGUUCAUUUAAAAGACUUGUUUACUCCGCAUGGCCAAGAUACUAAUCAGGGACAUAGGAAGUCGUCAUUUGCUCCGUACAUCUGUCUGAAAUGAAUCCCGGUCAGCUGUGUAAUCACUAAGUCUCUGAAAAAGUUACUUCAUGCAAGUACUUUCUAAGUAGAUAUGCUUGACUGUCCGUUCCAGCAAACACAUUGCCUUAAAUAUUGGCGCUUUCACAUGUUUUUCCCCGAAACACUUGUCAUUCAUCUACGUACACUUUUAAUAAGGAUAAGGAAUUUGUUUAAGUCUUGGCCACAUCAUUUGCGAAAUGCUUUUGCGGGAACGUCGGUUGUGUGCAAAAUUCAAAACCCAAAAACAUAACCCACAAAUAGCGGCUGCCUUUCUUAGCACAAGUGAGCGUCUCGCACCAUACCAAUCCUUACUAUCUAGCCAUUAGCUGCAAUAUCUUAUUAUUAGUGGGUCCCGUUUAUUUAAAAUAAAUGCUUAUUUUUUGUGAGACGUUUUCUAUUCCCCAGCAAUGGCUUUUUUGUGUAUAUUUGCACCGUUAGUGGCCAAAUUUGCAUAGGAACAGGGGGCACACGGCCAAUUUCACCAAUCUUCGGUCAAUGUGCCAAGAUAUAUUAACCAAUCUUCGAUAGAUCUUCAGUGAGUGGGUGGCACUUCUAGGCAAAGGUUUUUCAGUGAUAUCCUCUAAUAUCAUUGUCAUUUAUGAGUAAACGAGCAUACCAACGUGCUUUACAGAUGAGGCAUUUGUGAGGUGAAUAUCUGAACUUCAACUGAGCAAAGAUUUCAAAAUGGAGCGCACAGCUAAUGUGGGCUGGCUUGCCGCUCAGCUGUUAGUUUUAUUGGAGACGUAUCGAUUUACGGCAUUUUAAACGCCUCCAAGCCAAAUAAAGAGAGAUCAUCCGACAAAAUUAAGCCUUCUAGUGAACUACCAGGCUAUAUUUUGGUCUUAUUUGAAAAUUUCUGCCGCGUUUCAUACUGUAAAUAUCUAAAAUGUGAACUGUAACUUUGACGAUGAUCUGAUUUCUGCGNCCAGUUACGCGCCUGCAGAUAUUCCUGUGGCAUGCACGCAAGUGCACACCACGGUUGUUGAUUUGUGCCGUGAUCUGCCCACGUCGCCUUGUUAGUAGUAUUCUUUAGAUAUUCUCGAUUCAGUGCUGGUUUAUUCACCGGAAUAGACGCACCCGAGGUCAACGCUAUGUCAGAAGACAGUCGGGAUAACUCGGUUCUUCUCUGUGGUUCAAUAGCAGUAAACAGUAAGAUUAACGGAGGCGGGGAAUAAAUUGAAAAGUGGACGUACAUUCGAGGUGAUUAGACGAGCAGUCAGCGAGUGACGCCAAAGUGUGGUGGUCGGUUUAAAGGCGAGCGGCGACAAAUACCAAUAGGCAAUGGACAAAGAACAAUGAACAAAGCAUAACGGGAACGGACGAAAAGGGGUACAGAGACAAGGCCAGGGUGAUAUUAGUAAAGUCUGGUUACUAACAAACGGUUAGUAGCAAAAAGACAAGAAUGGACAUUGGCAUCAGGGAUGUUACAGCCUUUUGCGCUCCUGCCGCGUCAUCCAGCUAAGCCAUCAUUCUAGACAGUUAGACCCGCCGGGCAGAGUUCGGGCCAAGGCUGACCGGCUAUAGCGAGUCUUGACUUUCCAAUCGCUCCUCCCCCCACCCCGCCUCGUCAGAGAAAAUUCGACGGCAUCCGUGAAUGAUGCAACACCGAAGGUUCUGCUCGUACGUUGUUUGUUGAACCUUGGGUGCCAAAUUAAAACCGCUUGUUCGUCAAACCGUGUUGCGCGGGUGUAACUCCUGCAGCCCCGGGGUUCAAAGCGGGGGAAUAGCAGGCUGACUUCAGUACCUCUUGUUCGAUCACCCAGUCCCAUCACCAGUGCUGGGCACGCCGCCGCACGCACCAAACGCGACCGUCCAAGAAGACAACCAACCCAGAUGGUCUCACUCAUGACAUUGCAUAGAGGGAGAGAGAGAGAAUUCGCCUAGAAGUUCGGACCCUACUCGCUCGAGAGGUAUUGACGUAAAAGACAACGAAUAAUGCAGCAGCCAUUCCGACUAAUCGGCUGUUGUCAGCCGAUUAUACUCACUCAAGCCAAUUCCAGGGCAAGCAAAGGACAGACAGUCAUGUAGGAAGUUGUGUAAAGUUGGCUAUUCCUGCAUCAUCUUUUGGCAUGGCCUCCCUCGGCGAACUAACGGCCCUGUUAAACGUACUGACUUCGUCACAUUGCUAUACUUCUUAAUCCUGUGACUUGUACAUGAUUUAUCUAGAGGUAGGAAUCUUUAGUUGGCUUUACCGGUUCCCCUAACAUUGCAAAGGAAAGUAUCCUUAGGGCUGAUACCAUGUUAGUUCUUAAAUGGCAGCGAUCAACCGUUUACGUUUAAUUAUCAAUUUUUCGGGACGCUACUCGAAUCUGGCGCUCAACCCAGGUUAAGACUACUUGGCCUGCUUGAACUACCAGGUAAACUCGUUCUAGUCUUCAGCUUACGUUUUGCUCCAUAGGCUUGCUGCCGAGAUGUGGCCAGCCGAAAGAGCAAAUGAGGGUUGCACGGUUGUGUGCGCCUUCACUCGUGUAUCCCCCUAAUAUCUUAAAAUUCUCGAUGUUAUUAAUGAUGACACUGUAGCCUCCACCAUGUUGCAUAUUAACUUUGCACGGUCGAGGCCGCCUUCCUGUCUUAAACGUCCAAUGGUGUCUUUUAGGAACGUAUGAAAUUAUACCCUACUACACAAAGGUGGCUACGUCCCUAACCCCUCCGGCAUCUUCGAAUGCUCCAAGGCGCUCUUCUGACGGUGGUUCUAAGUAUGGUUUCGUUUAG